AUGUCUCAGAUACAAAGUAUCAUCCAGCGAAUCUUUGGCAAUCACAAACUUCCCACAGAUCUUCCGGGUGAGGAGUAUGAGAAGUAUAUGCAAAAGAACAUCCCUCAAUGGGUAAAGGAGUUUGAAGAUGGCGGCUUCCUGGAUAAGACGAAGCUGCCAGAAAUCCAAAGCGAAGAGGAAUUGAUUGAAAAGCUUCUUUUACAUCGUAACGACCUGAUGGUGAUAAAGUACUGGAAACACGGGUGCAUUCCCUGUCUUGCAUUCGCUGAAAUGUAUAAAGCGGCAGCCGAAAUGUUCACUAAGGAUACUUCACCAAAUGCAAAGCGUGUCUUUUGGUAUAGUGUAGACACCAAAGCAUUCAGCGCAUGGCAGUUAGCUGAACGCCAACUCAUUUCAGGCACUCCGACCAUUCAAACCUUUGCCAAUCAGAAGCAGUGCGAUGACGAGAUUAAGGCCACAAAUAUGGAUGAACUGAUGCAAGAAAUCCGAAGACGAGCCGAGAAGGAAUUACAAAGCCCCUUUAGUUAACUAAAAACGCAAGAAAGGAAAUACACUAUAUCGUAUUGAUGGCAAAUAAAUUUAUAAAGAUCUUUCAUUAAACUUCAAUAGACGAACCCUCGCGUUAGCAAUCCUAUAACAUGUCGAAAAUGUGGAAUAGGGAAAGUAGAAGUUAAUCGCUGCCGAUGUUGAUAAUGACAAUAAUAUUGGUGUCUCAUCACAAUCAUUGUCAUUGCUAUAGUUUAGACUUUCUUCGCCUUGCUAAUCAAUUUCCAUUGGCAGCCUACGUAAAUGCACCUAUAGUGUUUUUUUUUACUUGGGUAAAGGGGUGUUUACUUUCUCAACAUGUUUUUCGUCUUCCUCAAGA